AUGGUUCAGGAGACAUUGGGCCUGUGUGGCGUCGGCUCCAUCACCUUUGCGGUCAUGCACCAUGGGAGGUCGAUUUUCACGGACCACGUCGGGUAUCGCGAUGUCUGCACUAAAGAGGAACCCGAUGCGAGGACUCUUCACACUCUCUGCUCGAUUGCCAAGUCGUUCGUUGUGGUAGCAUUCGCCAUCCUAGUCGACCGCGGGGAGUGCAAAUUCACUGAUCCCGUUGGAUCCUACCUGCCCGAGUUCAAGGCCAAGGGCGACAUCCUAGUUUCUUCAGAGGCGAACUUCUUCGAUUUUUUCCGUCAUUCAGGGGGACUGGACAACCCUGUUGUUACCUUGCUGGGGCCAGGUGGUAAAGUUCUCGUCCCUGAAGAAGACUUUAUCAACUUGCUCAACGAUACACCCACCGGUAACCAUAUUGCUGGUACAUACUACAAUAGACAUUGGGUGUAUAGCAAUGUGGCAUAUGGUCUGGUGGCCAUGGUGAUCGAGCGCAUCAGCGGGAAACGAUACUCGGACUUCGUCUGGGAGGAGAUCCUGGAACCCCUGAACAUGCUUGAUACGGCAGUUUCGAGAAGUCACCUGACAGAACGCAAGGGCAACAUUGCUCAGCCCUUUGUGCGGUUGAGUGAUGGGACAUGGUGCAAACAGCCAGAGCACGAGUGGACUGACGAACGCAACACUCCCGUGCUUGCUAUUAUCGGCAUCAGGAGUUCCGUCAACGACUUGAUGAUCUGGUCUGCAGCUUUCAUGGAUGCCUUGAACGGUGGUUCAGAGCCGAUGGCGGUGCUUUCCUCCAUUCGGAGAAACCCGCUCUCUUCCAAGAGAGUCCUAAAUAUCCUCAACGGCCCCAAUUGGAGUCGGCCGAACCCUGAUGACCCGGGGAACCGAUGCAGCUACCAUUUAUCAUGGCUCAGGUGCUUCAUGCCAUCUUCAAUGCUCCACAGUCUAUCUUGGAACUACACCCUUGCCGACAACGACGUGGAAGAUAAAGAUCACAUCAACAAGAAUGUCCUGGGGAGAAACUCACCACCCAUGCUUCUGCACAAGAUGACUGGGAUCGGAUACUGCGGGACAGGUUCUGUCAACAUCUUCCCAGAAACGUCAAGCGCCGUUGUCGUCCUCAGCAGUGGGCUGAACAAAGGAGACCCAAGCGAUUUCGUGGCAGCGAUGCUAAUCCAAGAGCUCUUUGACCUCAAACCACGAAUCGAUAUACUCUCUAUGGUCUCCUUGGAAGUCGAAGAUUGCCUCAGGAGAUGGGACAGGAUGGUGGCUGAGUGGACGGAACACCGGAACGACGCUGCACCCAAGUGCCCCCUGGAUGAUUAUGUAGGUGGGUACUACGGGAUGGGAAUAACGCUGACGAUACGCAAGAGUAAUCAGCCUGAAAAGCUCGAACUGCUCUUCAACGGCAGAGAGGACGUCGUGCAGGUGUUGGGCCACUAUAAUGAAGACAUGUACAGCUACCAGCCGCUAGAUAGGGAUGAUUGGCUUAGGGGCGCUUGGCUGGACUGGGAUUACUUUAUGCCGGCCAAAUACGAUCGUGCCAAGUACACUCUGCUCGAUCGAUACUUUGCCUCCACGUGCAGACACAAUGAGCCGCAAUCGAUGAUCGAGGGCAUUGUUAACAGUCGGGCGCAGGAAGAUGCCGCUGUGAGGGAGAGAUCCUCCACGGGAGGCGGCGGCACUUCUGGUUCCGGCGGUGGCGGAGGCGGCAAGCCAGACAACACAGGGGGGGGCGAGGACAAGACGCCGAAUGGGGUCUCGAAGUAA